AUGAAAGAUGAGGUUGGAGUGACCGGUGGAGAGGCUAAUGGGGGUGAUUGCUGCAGAUUCCCUUUUAACGGAAAAGAGAACCCAACAAAGGUACCCGACCUUCAAACCACCGAAGCGCUGGAUGCCCAUGAUGUUUCCAAGAUGGCAACGCGGCCAUCGUCAUUGCUCACCAGGGCACUCACUUUCCGCAGACUUAGGUCUCGGUAUUCGAGCAGGCCAUUUUACCUGACUCUCCUGGUCCUGGCGCUUCUUGCUGGUGCAAGCGUUCUGCUGAGUGCUACUUCCAAACAGACCCCGUUGCUUGAGGUAUCGCAACUUGUGAAGCGCAGUGAUUUCGCCCUGGGAGGAGGAUCUGAUAGUCUACCUAGACCUAGCCUGGAACCCUCUGAUGAGUGCCAUUUGGUCCACAAGGUGAAGGACCAAUGCUCCUUCGUCCGGACAUAUUGCGGCGACCAUGAAAUUGGCAUUUUCUCCUACCUACAACUAUACUACUGCAAACUCGCACAUGCAAAGCCAAUCGCGUUUGCCAUCCUGGCUGUCUGGCUAGCGGUCCUUUUCAAUACCAUCGGGAUCGCCGCCAGCGACUUUCUGUGUGUCAACCUCAGCACCAUCGCAAGUAUUUUGGGGAUGAGCGAGAGCUUGACAGGUGUAACCUUUCUAGCUUUUGGAAAUGGCAGCCCCGACGUAUUCUCGACCUUCGCUGCGAUGAAUUCGAACAGCGGCGGCUUGGCGAUUGGUGAGCUUGUCGGCGCCGCCGGAUUCAUAACCGCCGUGGUGGCUGGAUCUAUGGCGCUGGUCAGACCGUUCCGAGUCGCCCGACGGAGCUUUGUCCGCGAUGUCGUGUUUUUUGUUUUUUCGGCGAGUUUCACCAUGGUAUUGCUGGCUGAUGGGAAACUCUACGCCUGGGAAUGUGUCGCGAUGAUUUUAUCUUAUGUAUUCUAUGUCUUCGUUGUCGUGACCUGGCAUUGGUACUUGGCCAAGAAACGGCGGCAGCGGGAAAGGGAUUUGACUGCAAGAGCCUACUUUCAUAUACCUGAGAACCAAGAGUUGGAGGAGGGGGAGGAGGAAGAGGACGAUGAUCCGGUGACAGGCCAAACCAGACCUCUACUUCGUGGCCCUUCGUCUGAGGAUUUCAAUGCUUUGGAACGCGCAGAUGUUCCCCUAUGGACAGUCGAUGAUGUUGAUGAAGACGCAGACAACCGGGAUCUUGCCGAAAUUCGGGGAAAUAUGCGAGUCACUCGCGGCCCAUCAGGCAGCCGACGACCUACCAUCACACCCAUCCGGCCCAGCUUGGUCGGCUUCCCCUCAAGGUCUCAAAGCCCGGUUGUAGGCGAAUCCUCCGCUUCUCCAAUACUAUUAGCCCCACCAAAAAAUGGAUUCCAGUCGCCACAACGUCUCUUAGAACCAGUUGGAUACCAGAGUGCGGAUAUCUCCCCAGGUACCAACUUGCAAAUUGAUACCUCAAACUCGCGGCCCACAACAGCCUCAUCCUCGUCGCCAGCGACGUGCAAGUUUGUCCGCUGCAUCAUCUUUUACACGGCCGGGUUCCAGGGACGUUCAAGCAGAACCCAAGCCAAUAAGUUGGUGGCCUUACCGAUACCUACCCUCUCCUCAUACUAUAGCUGCGGUUUUAUUUCCAACUUUAUACGACUGGCGAAUAAAACCCUAGUACCGGAUACAGAAGGAUUGGACGGUGACCAUGACCGCGCUACGAGAGCUUCGCUUCUCCCAACUGGGAGCCGGAUUCGACAGGACUCCGAGGCUCCCGUUCCACCAACGCUGCCGAAAGACCAACCAAUAACAUCAUCGCCCAAGGAAUUCAACCGUUGGCUCCUAGUCCUCCAACUCUUGGUAGCUCCAUGCUUCAUAGCACUAAUAGCCUGGUCAAGUCUGGACAGCAACUUGAAACCUCGAAACCUCCUCCUUUCCAUCCUAGUUGCACUCCUCGCCUCCGCCAUCUUCCUCACCAUCCUCCUCCUCGCCACAAAAGCCAACAGCGCCCCCAACCAACAACUCCCCCGGCGCUUCCGCCCCUUUGUCGCCUUCCUCGGCUUCGUCGUGUCCAUCGCCUGGAUCUCUACCCUCGCCUCCGAAGUCGUCAACCUCCUCAAAGCCAUCGGCGUCAUCCUCAGCAUCAGCGACUCACUCCUGGGCCUGACCAUCUUCGCAGUCGGCAACUCCCUCGGCGAUCUCGUUGCCGACAUCACCGUGGCUCGCUUGGGAUACCCGGUCAUGGCGUUGAGCGCCUGCUUCGGCGGGCCCAUGCUGAAUAUCCUUCUCGGCGUUGGCAUGGGCGGGUUGUACAUGACGCUUCAGCCGACGAAAUCAUUUCCUGCAUCUACGACAGGAAGUGUUAUAGCGCAGACGCUCUCUGCCGCCUCUAACCCGUAUGAGAUCGAACUAACCAAGACGUUGUUGAUAAGCGCGGCAACGCUGUUGGUGACGCUGGUGCUGCUACUGAUUAUCGUGCCGCUGAAUGGGUGGUGGAUGGACCGGAAGAUUGGCUGGGGUCUGGUGGCUUUGUGGACGGUGACGACGGUUGCGAAUGUGGUGUUGGAGGUAGUUUCUUCGAAUUAG